AUGGAGGCAAUUGCCUUCGCACUGCAGCUUGAUGGCGAGGACGAGGUCCACUGUGAGUUGCAGCUCGAGGGAGACGAGGAGCACACGGUGGCCAAGAUCGGCCGAUGCCCGAAGGGCAGCAUUGUUGUCAAUCACCUCGGUGUCUCCUGGGUCCACACGGAGCUUCGUUUCCUUCGGCGAGAGGGAGAGGCUGAACCACAGCUUUGUGUCCGGGACGUGUCUGCUAAUGGAACCGGCCUUCAAGACGAAGGAGGAAGUGAGGAGGAUGUGCUGUGGCUUCAACGCAACGAAGAUGCGCCUUUUGCUGAGGGAAGGCAGAUCGUGCUGCCACAGAAAAUCAAGAGCAAAGCUGGCCGGCCAGAGGACUCCGUGCGACGGACCAUAGGCCUUCGCUUCACCAGCGAGGAGGAGGCAGCCAAUGCAAGGAAGAUACGAGAAGAAAAGGCAGCCAAGAAAAAGAGACGUGCUGGAAAGAAGGAGGAAGCAAAAGCAAAGAAGAAGGAGAAAGAGAAGGAGAAGGAGAAGGAGAAGGAGAAGGAGAAGGAGAAGGAGAAGGAGAAGGAGAAGGAGAAGGAGAAGGAAAAGCAGAAGGAGCCCGAGAAAGUCUCCAAGCCGGAGGAGAAGACCCCAGUACAGCCUCGAAACAAGGACAAGGAUGACGAAGGUAAGUCCGAAGCAAAAUCCUCACAGAAGAAGGUCAACAAGGAUGAGGAGAAGCCUGCGAAGAAGCCUGCUCAGAAGGAGAAGAAGGAGAAGCCCAGCAAGGAGAAGGACAAGCCAGCUGCAAAGCCGGCGAGGUCCAGAAGCAGAGAUGGAAGGAAACAGAAAGUCAAGAAUGGCGUGGGCGCGGAAGAUGACCGUCAGCAUCAGACGGGCGUGGUCGAGGAUGAGCCGGCGGUGCCGGUCAAAGCGGCUCCAGCCGCUCCAGCGGCUCCAGCGGCUCCAGCGGCUCCCGUGGCUGAAGCUGCUCAAGCGAAGGCGGCUGAGGCCCCUGUGGUCCCUGUGGUCCCCGUGGUCCCCGUGGUCGCGGAGCCUGAGGCGCAGGAGGAGCCGAAGGAGGUGAUCGCUGCGGACCCGUCAGACAAGUCUGAUGAGGACGUGGUGAUGGUCACAGAGACGGCGGCGGCUCCCGCAGCUCCAGAAGCCCCACAAAAGCCUGAAGCGUCAGCGCAGGACCUUGCGGAGCCAGAUCAUUCCAUGCCUUCACUGCCAGCUUGGGUGAAAGAAGGCAAGCGGUGCAACUGGUUCUCAGCGUCGCUGAAGCGGCUUGUUCCAGUGAGAGUCACCAAAGUGGAUCAUGCUAAGUCCGUGGUGAUUGCCACCUUCGAAGCGGAUAGUGCAGUUUGGAAGAGCGUGCAUUUCUCGCUGUUGGGGCGACCAGCGGACUGUCCCCUCAGAGGUCCUGAACCUGGCCAGGAAAGCAGUGACGAGGAAGAGGAGGAGAACGGCACCCGCCCGAGUAAGCGACGGUCCAGGACUCCGGAUGUCUGGGAACAAGAGCGUCGCCGGGUCAUCGCAACACAGGAGGCUGUUCUGGCGGCAGAACGCCAAGAAGAAGAGCGACGCAAGAAGCAGCAGGAGGAGGAGCAGCGGCGGAAAGCCGCCCAGGAGAUCGAGCGCCAGAAGGUGCAGGCCGCCUUUGAGCAGCGGAAGAAGGAGGCGGAGGAGCAGCGGCUGAGGGAAGAGGAGGAGUGGCGCGCCAGGCUCGUGGAGCGGCGGAAGAAGGAAGCUGCUGAGGAGGAAGAGCGACUUCGCCGUGAAGAGGAGGAGCGGCAAGAGAGAAAGAGGAAGCGGAAGGAGGAGAAGGAGCGCGAGCGGGAGAAGGAGAAGGAGCGAGAGAAGGACAGGAGGAAGGAGGAUCCCAGGAGGAAGGAAGCCGAGGAGGACCGCGAGAAAAAGCGGCAAGCCUCCAUGGACGCCUUUGAGCAGGUGUGCAAUCCAGGAAGAAGAAGACGGGACGAUGAUGAUGACGACGAUGAUGGCUCUCCAAAGCAAAAUGCAGGACACUGGCCAGGUGUGGGUAUGCCGCUCAAUCCCAUGAUGGCCAUGAUGGCAGCAGCUGCUGGGAAUGGGUCCGCAGGCUUCGCGAUGGGGAACCACGCCAUGGGGAUGUCCAAGGGAUCAGGGAAAGGCAUGCCCGGCAAAGCUCCGAGCUCCAAGGGGGGUCACGGCUACGACUACUCCAAGGGCCAGGGUGGAUGGGGUGCUGGUGGCGGAUGUGGUGCUGGUGGCUAUGGGGGCUGUGGCGGCUACGGCGAGUACCGCGAGGCCCAAGGUGACGGCCGAGGUGCUGUUGCUGGUGCAGCCUAUGCCGGCGGCCCUGGCGGCUGUGGCAACAGCUGCAGCGGUGCUGGCUGCGGCAAUGGUGCCGCUCCACCGCCAUGGCGCACGGCGGCGGCCGCACGGCCGCCUCCCCCGCCCACAGGCCGCAGCGCAGGCCCUGGCUACGGCUGUGGCAGUGAGGCGCAAGGCACCAAAGGCGGCCACCUGUUUCCGAACACCGCAGGAAACAAGGGUAACCCGGGUGCAGGCGGCUUCCUGUUCGGAAACAAGGGUGCAGGCUUCGGCGGCAAAGGCUUGCAGAAAAUCAUCCAGGUCUGGAGUACUGACAUUGCAUUGUAUGCAAACUUCCAUCCAUCCAUGCAAGAUUGCCCUGCCACCCAGUUGGACGAAGAGGACGACGAGUCCUGUGAAGUGGAACUCGGUGUCGAUGGUGUCGACGGUGUCGCUGACAAAGCCAUCGCAAAGGAAGCGGCGCUCGCUUCAUCUCCGGCAACUCCCCCCCCGAGGAAGCGGAAGCUGCCUUCGGCAGGCGGGUCGGACGACACCCCGGACAAGACCUGCAGAAGAUCUCCAAGGUUGCAAAAACUGCGGGAGUUGCGCGAACGGCAACCCCCACAAGAAGCCAAGGGGCCUCAGGCGCGCACUCGCCAGGCUUCGCCGGGUCCGGUUCUAGCAGUGCCGCCUCUCCGGCCGAUGAUCGUCUUGAGCGGCGUGGAGAUCGAGGCAAAUCUGCUUGGCGCAGCCCGCAGACUGGUGGAGUCACUGGGAGGAGAAAUUUCCGACGCCUGGACAACGAAGACCACACAUUUGGUGGCCUGCCGGCUGCGUCGGACGUUCAAAGUUAUGUGUGCCCUUUGCUGCGGUGUGCCCAUUGUGAGACCAGCCUUCCUCAAGCGCUGUGUGCAAGAAGCGCAUGUGCCCGAGGUAAGGCAUCAAGAUUUGCUGAGAGACACAAUCGGCCAGCAGAUCUUUGCCAAGCGCUUUCUUGCAUGCUCUGAGCGUUAUUCGCUGGGGGACGUGCUCCAGCGAGCCCGAGAUGGGCCGCUGCUGGCGAACUUCCGUGUCCACGUCCUGCCACAGGUGACCGCCAUGGAGCGCCCCAAGCUGCGCACGCUCGUAGAGGCGGCUGGUGGCCAGUGGCUGGAGGCUUGCAGCUAG